AUGGCUCAUAUAAUUAUAGAAGCUUGGCAAAUUCAAAACUCAAAACUCCAAGUUGGAGUUUCUCUCUUUUCAUCUGUGGACAGAAAGCAGAACCAUUUACUGGUAACACCUCCUACAGAAGUUGAUAUUUCCCUGCCUGUGCUGGUGGAUACAAAGGCUGUUCUCUCUUGCCCUCCUAUCCUGUUGACAAAUGCACUUUUAACAACAUGGGAAAUAACCCUCGGAGACAAGCCUACCUGCUUCAGAGCCUACAGGAGAGACACAAAUGAGACCAAAGAAACAUACUGUACUGACAAGAGAAUGACCUGGCCUGACAGACCUGACCAGAUUCCUGCCCUUCAGAUUGACCCAGUGGCCAUCACUCAUGAAGGGUAUUACAGGUGUAUAGUGGUAACACCUGAUGCGAAUUUCCAUUAUGGAUAUCACCUCCGAGUGCUAGUGGCCCCUGAGGUGACUCUGUUUCCAAGUGAGAAUAGAACUGCGGUGUGCAAGGCAGCUGCAGGGAGGCCGGCUGCCCGGAUCUCCUGGACCCCAGAGGGAGAUUGUAUCUCUGAGCACAAAGAUUGGGGCAAUGGCACAGUGACUGUCCAGAGUACGUGCCUCUGGGCGGAUGGCAAUGUGUCUAUUGUGUCCUGCUCUGUCUCCCAUGAGACUGGCAACUGGAGUCGGUCCAUAGAGCUGAAGCAAGGUGUGAGAACUGUGAUAUUUCCAGUGUCACAAUUACUGAUCAUACUCUAUCUGAAAUCCUCUAUUUUCUUGGUUAUCCUGGUCAUCGUGGGAAUCAUCUACUUCCAGAGGAUAAAUGGUUGCAGGUUAGAAUGGGUUACUGGUUCUAAGAACAAUAGUGCUUAA